AUGCCUACUCUACAGCCCUACAACGGUUCAGUCAAGAAACUCGUACUAGCCAUAGACGUCGGUACAACGCACUCCGGUAUCGCGUACACUAUCCUGGACCCGGGCGAAGUUCCCAAGAUACACAGUAUCACUCGGUUUCCCGGUCAAGAGGACACCGCGGGGAACUUCAAGAUUCCCUCCGUCAUCUUGUACGCACCAAAUGGGUCGGUUGCUUAUGCCGGAGCCGAGGCCACGGCUCUUGGGAUGGACACGAGGAUCCAGGACGAGUCGCUCGUGAGCGCUGAAUGGUAUCUUCACCUACGUCCCCGUCGCCUUGGCUCGACCGAGCUCAAAAAGAACGCUUUAACACCGCUUCCGCCCGGCAAGACCGCCGCCGCGGUGUUCGCCGACUUUCUCAAAUACCUCUUCGCGUGUGCGAAAAGCUUCAUCCGCGAGACACAUGCGAAUGGAGAGAAGCUGUGGACGUCCCUCGAGAACCACAUCGAGUUCGUAUUGUCGCAUCCAAACGGAUGGGAAGGUUUGCAGCAGGGGACGAUGCGCCAGACGGCGAUCAUGGCUGGACUCGUCCCGGACACGCCCGAGGGACGCGGGCGUGUGCAUUUUGUCACGGAGGGAGAGGCGUCUCUCAACUUCUGUAUUCACAACGGGCUUACGAACGAGACGAUGAAGGAGGGCCAAAGCGUGAUCAUUGUGGAUGCGGGAGGAGGCACGGUGGACAUUAGCAGUUACGAAUUCACAUCGAUAGCACCCCUCGUGGUCGAAGAGACUCGCUUAUUGACCGCCCUCGCAGGCAUCUUACAUGGCUCGACUCGCGUCAACGUGCGGGCGAAAACGUACCUCCAAGAUCUGCUGAAAAAAUCACCAUUUGGCAACAAGGACGACAUAGAUUCCAUGAUGGAACAGUUUGACAAAGCGACGAAGCGAGUAUUCAAAGACGAGAAGCAGACUUCGUACAUCAAGUUCGGCUCUAUGAAGUGUAACGACCCGAAGGUCAACAUCAGCCGUGGACAGCUGACGCUCAGUGGGUAUACGAUGCGCUCGUUCUUCCGGCCCUCUUUUGACGCAAUCGUCAACUUCAUCAUUCAACAGCGACGAGAAGCUACCAAACCUCCCAACAUGGUAUUCCUCGUGGGCGGGUUUGCGGCCAGUCCCUGGCUAUACUCCGAGCUCAAAGCUCGCCUGACAACAUUGGGGCUCACUCUAUGUCGCCCAGAUUCGCAUACAGAUAAGGCUGUUUCCAGUGGCGCCUUGUGUUUCUACCUUGAACACUUCGUGUCCGCCCGAGUUGCGAAGAUAACGUACGGGAUAGCCGUAGACUAUGACUACAACCCCAGAGAUGCCGAGCAUCUCGCACGCACUUCGAAGACGCACGGCACACGUGUACGUGAAACGGAAGAGAUCGCACACUCGUACUUGCAGAGCGCGCGCUAUUCAACCACUCUGAACAAUAUCUCGUGCGAUAUCCUGUGCUUUCGGGGAACUAACAAAGACCCGCGCUGGAUGGAUGCGGACACAUCGCGCAUCGAACGCGUGCCGGAGCUCGGCUUGAACGGCGUCUACUACUCACAAAGUUUCGACGUCGUUCUGCUCUGCGGGCUCACGGAGCUGCAGGCGCAGAUACGCUGGUACGAGAAUAUUGCCGCCCGCUGCCCAGUCUGCGCCGUGUCGGAGUUUCUAUAUCCCGGUCAAGAGGACUCCGCAGGGGACUUCAAGAUUCCGUCCAUCAUCCUGUACACGCCACACGGGACGGUCGCUUAUGCCGGAGCCGAGGCAACGGCACCUGGGAUGGACGUACAGAUCCAGGACGAGUCGCUCGUCCGCGUAGAGUGGUUCAAGCUGCACCUACGUCCGCCGCGCCUCGGGUCCAACGAGCUCAAAAAGAACCCUUUGCCUCCCCUCCCGUUUGGCAAGACCGCUGACGCCGUCUUCGCCGACUUUCUCGGCUACCUGUUCACGUGCGCCAGACGGUUCAUCUGUGAAACGCACGCCAACGGAGAGAGCCUCUGGACCUCGUUGGAACACACGAUGGAGUUCGUCUUGUCGCAUCCAAACGGCUGGGAAGGUCUGCAGCAGGGCCGGAUGCGCCAGAUGGCGAUCAUGGCCGGGCUCAUCCCCAACACGGACUACGGCCGGACACGCGUCCAUUUCGUCACGGAGGGAGAGGCGAGUCUCAACUUCUGUGUUCACAACGGGCUCGCGACCGAGACCAUGAAGACCGGUCAAAGCGUGAUCAUUGUUGAUGCAGGAGGAGGUACCGUCGACAUAAGCAGUUACGAGUUUACGUCCAUGUCGCCGUUGACCGUCGAAGAGGUGAAUCCGCCAGACUGUCUCCUUCAAGGAUCAACUCGCGUGAACGUUCGGGCAGAGGCGUACCUUAAAGGCUCAUCAUUUGGAAACGAUGAAGAUAUCCAGUCUAUGCUUGAGCAUUUCGACAAGAUGACGAAGCGGGUGUUCAAGGAUGAGAGCCAGUCUUCGUACAUCAAAUUCGGCUCCUUAAGGUGCAACGAUGCGAGCGUUGGGAUUAGUCGCGGACAGCUCACGCUCAGAGGCGAUGUCAUGCGCUCAUUCUUCCGACCAUCGCUUGACGCAAUCGUGAACAUUGUGACUAGACAGAGUCGAGAAGCGAUUAAGCGUCCUAACAUGGUGUUCCUUGUAGGCGGCUUUGCUGCGAAUCCUUGGCUGUACUCCGAGCUCAAGUCUCGUCUGCAAACCGCCGGCCUCACUCUUUGUCGUCCAGACUCUCACACAGACAAGGCCGUUUCGAGCGGUGCCUUGUGCUAUUAUCUUGAACGCUUCGUGACCGCUCGCGUCGCAAGGAUGACGUACGGGAUCGAAGUCGCAUGCGAAUACGACCCCAACGAUCCGGAGCAUACAGCGCGCAGGACGAUGACAUAUGUCGACGCGAGAGGGAUCGUAUCACUUAGUAAUGGCUUCUUUUCUAUGUUGAAGCGGGGCACACGUGUACGCGAAACUGAAGAGAUUUCGUAUCCCUACGUGCAACAAUCUCGCACUUCAAAUGAGCUGAAUAGCAUCGAAUGCGAUGUCUUGGCCUUCCGUGGACCGCGGAAGGACCCGCACUGGACAGAUGUCAACCCCGAACAAUACACCACCCUUUGCACAAUACACGCUGACACCUCACGAAUCACGCGCAUAGCGAAGCAUGGUUUGAACGGCGUCUACUACACGCAGGAGUUCGACGUCGUUCUGCUCUGCGGUCUCACGGAGAUGCAGGCACAAAUUCGUUGGCGAGAGAAGGUGAGUUACGUGGGUUCGAACUGCAGGAAACGUCUGACUCGUUCUUUCCGUUGUUCGUGUCUUCUUCCAGGGACAGGAGAAACGGUGUGUGCCAGGCUUCACUGUCAUCGUACGACGCGAUCGGCUGAAUGGCGCGGCUUCUACAGGGGUCCUGCAAAGAUUGUGUACAACGAGAUAUGA